AUGACCACCUCCAAGCUCAUGGGCCGCUGUGCCAUGAUACUGCUCCUGGCCGUGCUGUGCGAUGUGGUCGGGCUCAUCACCCUCUUCCUGGGAAUUUUUGCUCCGUUAAGCUCCUGGGACUUCUUCGUUUACUUGGGAGCCCUGCUGCUUGCCUUCAGUCUUGUCUUCUGGUCCUUCUGGUACACAUUUAACAUUGAGGUCCCCUUUAGGGAGCUUGGUUUCAACUAA